AUGAGGUUAAACGUUAUAGAGUCUGGUAAUCCUGCCUUGAAGGCUUUCCCUGAGCAGACUCAUGCGCAUCUUUCAAUUGAUAUUGCGUCAUCUUGGGUGUCCUCCCUUGGGUACCAGUUAUUCUUGCUGGAUAAUGGAUCAAUUGAGACCAGCGCUACUUUGGAUCUCGAAUCAGCGACCAUGGGACAGCUGCAGGCAUACCGGAAUUUUGUGCGUAUUCUGGGGUCUGAGAGUACCCUUCUCCGCACCGCACUCUUCUCCUUUGAGCGUUGCUUAACCUGGAUUAAUCCCCGUCCUUUUGCACUCUUCCUGAAUCAGCAGGACGAUUUUCAGCGACUGCGCUCCUUCGCAGCCUCCGAAUCACGUCCGAAUUCUCGUGCAUCGUCCUUCUAUGAUCUUGCCACGGCCUCCAGCAGCCACGCAUCCCUGGCUCCUUCUUCUCGGCCGGCUUCAUCUAUGUCCAUACGAUCGGAUCUCUCCAAUCCUGACACGGAUGUUGAUGCUCGUUCAGAGAGCGGUGUGUCGGCCCGCAGCUUUCAAACUGGUUCCGAUCUCGAUUCCACUAUAUCUCCGGUUCAAAACGAUUCUGUGCGUGAUCUCGAUGCUCCGCAGCUCAAGAGAAAGACCAUCAGGCCUCGGCGCGACGAUCCUUCUAUUCGGAUCACUACUUACAAGUCUGUGGAUCGUCUGAUCCCCAUUUCUGUUGUACCACGGACAUGGGAUAUCCCCAAUCCCGCUGAUUCCGCCGCAUAUCUGUUCCACGCAUCCACGGAGGCAGACCAAUCCCUCCUCAAAAACGAUGACGGUAUUUUGAAGGAUCUCGGGCAGUAUAUUCGCCAGGAGGUACAAUCAACCGGCUUGAAGAUUCCAUUCAAUUUCUCACUAUAUUUAUCUAAGGACCAAGAUUCGUGGGAUACAAAGUCCAGCGGGCACAAGACGGACACUGGUGAUACUGGAGUUGCUCAGUUACUCUCGGAGUCUCCAUAUAUCGCUGUCCGAUGCCGCCGUCUCACAAUGCAUUGCAAUGGUCUCGAUUCCUGUGCCUUGUUUGACACUGGGCUUGUGGAUCAUUGUGUUCGUUAUGCAGCCGAUCCAGAUGAAAUGCAUGCCUUGUGGGUGCCCCAACUGCAGGAUAAUCAAGAGGAAGCUGCGUCCCAUCUUGCUUCUCUCGCACGCUAUCACCGACAGAUUCACGAAAUACGCUGCAAGGUUCAGUGCAACGGCGUUCCAAAACUAGUUCGGAUUUCUGGCAAUCGCAUCUUCAAUGGGCAUUCUCAUUUUGUGGGAUGCUCGGGCUUUCAAGCUGGCGAGGACCAUCGAUACUCAACUAUCCCUAGUCAUAUUGACGAGGAAAUGCUUCGGCACACCCUCGAUAAUGCCGGUCAGCUCCCAGACCUUGUCACCGUGAAGGACAAGUGUUCUUUCACUUCCAAUCCGCGAUUCGGAGCGAAGCAAUGCAAUUAUAGCCACAUUAUUGAUGGUGUUAUUACGCGACCAGGGAUGGUCGAGCGCAAAUGUCCAGUAAAGAUGAUUAUUCUUAUUCCUACUGAAAGCGAGCAGCGCGCGACUCCGGAGCUUGCCUAUAAGGCCAUUAUCUACUUCUCGGGUCCGCAUAAUCAUCCAGCUUGGCCGAUCUCAAAGAUGGGCUCUCAGGAGAAGCGACUUCUUGCCUCUGCAAUCAAGGCGGUAGGUGUCCGUGGACUGACUCCCAGUCAGCUCUUGAAUUCGCCGUCCACCAGCGAUAUCUUUGGUUCGGCUGCACUAGGUACAGUGUCCACUGCUCUCCUGAACAAUCGGUAUAUUCGUGGGGAGAUUUCAUCGGAGAAGAAGAAUACCUUUCCUAGGGGAACGGGUUGGGAAGGCCUGGUGCAUUAUCACUCCAUCACAAAACGUGAUAUAUUGCCAUCCGACCGUUACAUUCACGCGGUAAUUAACAAAGGCGGCUUCCGUGUUGUUGUUACAAUGCAUCCCGAAUUGGCUGAACGCAUUCAUCAAGUCCGAUACCUUGCAAUCGAUUUCACCUUCUCGCGUGUUCAUAGAUCAGAGAGGAUGGACGAAUGGGAGAUCGCUGGAUUUUUGGAUUCAGUUCAGAAACGAUUCACAUUCGGAAGUUUGUUUUGUGACACGAAGUCGACAGAGGCCUAUCUUCAGCUCUGGAUUGAGCUCUUUGACGCUAUCAAACGCAUCACUGGCCGGGUCUUCAAGUUGGCACCCUUUUAUCCCGAUGCAAACUGUCGGGUGAUCUUACUCGAUGGCGAGGUCGCUCAGGCUCUGGGCCUUGGCGAGUUCUUGAAGUCGUACAAUGACCCAGCGACCAGUGGUAUUCAUGCUCGAGAUCCAAUUGAGCUGCUCUCGUACGUGCUCAAAACCUGUAGCGUUCAUUUUCAUCGACAUGUGAAGGAACUUGAGAAGACAACUCCAUUCGACCUUGUUCAGCGGAUCCGCAGCUUUCCGGGACUCGAAACCCGGGAUGAGGUCGAGAGCUGGCUGGCUGAGAUGCCCAACGCUCUACAGCCCUAUCCUGACGCUCAUAAUUGGCUGAAGCACAAACUGAGCAACCGCUGGAUUCUUCCGUCGCUUAGUCCUGUUCUCUCCAAUAUUGCCUCUGACGACUUCAAAACUACCCCGAAUCAUACGAAUAUUGUGGAGACCGCCCAUGCCGCUCGGAAUGCGGAAACUCAGAAGCACGUCGGCCUGCUAGAUGCGAUCCUUGAGUUCAAUUUUGCGGAACAGCGGGACAAUACCCAUGUCGCGAACCUAAUUCAAAUGGAACGCAGUGGUAUCUUACACAGACGCAACAAUACCAUCUACGAUCGCGAGGUAAAUUUGGCCAGGCGCGCUGUGUGGCAGCGAACACUUGCCGCUAAGCAGGACAUUGAUAUUGGGGAGUACCAGUCAGUCAAGGCCAAAAUAGAGGAUGGUAAAAGCGAGUAUGAUGCCUCGCUUAAACGCUCAAAGGCUUUGGAACAACAAAUUAAAUACUGCAGGAAUGCUCUCCGCAUCAACCAUCGUGAUGAGCAUUUUCGGCUCGAACUGAAGGAGCGACUUGCAGAGGAGGAGGCAGAGAAGUCAGCCAGACGGACAUGGCGAUCUGUUCGACGGCCUGCGCUGGAUGCGAGGUUGCUAGAGCUCCGAUCGGGACCACUCGCUCGCAAGCAGAUCCCUGCCAGUGUUGCGACUCAAGCAAUUGACAAUGGCGCUCCUUCUUCAUCUCGUGCUGAUGCCGGACAACCUGUUGAACUCCCCGCUGAACUGGCAACGCCGGAAUCGAACUUGGAGCCAUUGGACCAAUCUUCAGAACCACUUUCAUCAACGUUACUUUUGGAACCGGAGUUUGGGAACCAAGGCGCGAUCGAGAAUUCCCACGAUUUCUGGUCCUUCUACUGGCCAAAGGAGGGGCCGUCUACAACAACCAUCGUCGAUACCACCGAUUCAUUUGGACACUAUGGAGAUCCUGAUUUUGCUGAUCCGGUCUUUUUCAACAUUGAACAAGCGGACAUGGCCGCUCUGAACUUCGAUCUCAGCGAAUCUCAGAUGGGAUCUGAGUUUGCGGGCUUUGAGGAGUUUUCGCAGGAAGUAUGGGACCAAUUGAUCAGCAACAUGCCAGAGAGUGUGGGGGGGAACAGUACGGACACGGGUCUCUCUAUGGAUCAACCGCUUCCGUCUGCUGAGAGAUACGUCCUGCCCAAUCCCCAAUCUGAGAUGGCUUCCGAAGUCGAAUCAACACCUGCCGCUCAACUUCCACUGACCACACGGCGCGAGGUGGCUAAAUCAGACGUUCAGGAUGCUCCGAGACGCUCAUCAGCUCGCAAGCGAGUCCCUCGGACCAGAUCCCAAGACAAUAAGAUUGGGGAAUCGACCUCAAAGAAGCCGAGGAAGGGGUAA